GGUAAGCGCAGCCGGAGUCCCGCCUCUGCGCAGCCGCAGCAGGACAGUACCACGGCGUCUGCGACAUGGGUAGGCGCGGAGGAGACACCGGAAGUAGCUGUGGUACGGGUCGGACUGAGGGGUACUCACCGCCCGCAUCCUCCACCCGCGCGGCAGUCAGAGCUCAGACCCGUGGGGGUGGGCGUGGCGGUCGCCGGAACACAACUCCGACUGUUCGCUGUCGGCGCGCGGCGGCGCCGCGUCGCUCGCCUUCACCAGCUGCCAUGAGCGAGCGCCUCCGCCCCAGAAAAAGGAGAAGAAAUGGCAAUGAUGAUGACAACCACCCUCCUCCCCAGACCAAAAGGAGCAGUAGGAACCCCAUCUUCCAGGACUCCUGGGACACAGAGUCUUCGAGCAGCGACAGCGGCGGGAGCAGCAGUAGCAGCAGCAGCAGCAGCAUCAACAGCCCAGACAGGGCCAGUGGGCCAGAGAACAGCCUGAGCCACAUCAUCCCCGGAUCCUGCCCCAGCACCCCCCAGCCGAUGCCUGAGCAGUCUGCACUGUGCCAAGGCCUCUAUUUCCACAUCAACCAGACCCUGAAGGAGGCUCACUUUCACAGCCUGCAGCACCGAGGCCGGCCUCCGACAUGAUGCUCCGGCAGUUUCUUGCCUUCUGUGAAGGGACAGCACUGUGCAGAUUGGAUAUUUCAACUUAAUGAUUUGUUUUUAAAAGUUGCACACAGAAAAAAAAAAUGCCUGUUGGCUUUCAGUCUAUAUUUGAGUAUUGGGUCAGCAGGCAGCUGUUUACUGGGGUUUUGCUGCACUAUUGCGAUUUCAGAGGGGCUUGGGAGCAAUUUUUAGAGGAUUCUUUUAGAGGAUUCUUUUGAGAAAAGGCAUCAAAUCUACAUCGUGGCAGUGUAUAAGGAAGUCUCCUCUGACUGAUUUCCACAUCUGUCAACUAGAUGCUGUCCUGUGUGUAGAGAGCCUCUUAAAAAGGCGGGGUCUUAAGGUUUUUAAUUCAAUAAACUAGUAAAGAA